CGACUGUUGGGAGAAACAACAUGCCACUGCCAUCGUGUGUACAGUUGUCUGCACAUUGUUGUACAUAAAUGAGGACCUGUUAAAUAACAAGGACCAGUGAUGAAACUGAAGGAUCUUGAGAGCUGUCUGCAACAAGUAGACGUGUUUGAGGAUCCCAAAGUUCUCUUAGAGCAAUACCCCACCAGCCCACAUAUAGCAGCUUGUAUGCUGUACACAAUUCACAAUACUUUUGAUGACAUCAAAGACAAAGUGGUUGCAGACUUAGGUUGUGGUUGUGGGGUUCUUAGCAUCGGAGCAGCUGUUCUUGACGCAGGACUGUGUGUUGGAUUCGACAUUGACGAUGAUGCAUUGGAAAUAUUCCAAAGGAACAAGGAAGAAUUUGAACUCACAAAUAUUGACGUGGUUCAGUGUGAUGUAUGCUCUCUCAGGGAAUCAGCCUUUGCAAAGAAAUUCGACACGGUCAUCAUGAACCCCCCUUUUGGCACCAAACGCAACCAAGGCAUUGACAUGGAGUUUCUGAAGACAGCAUUAAGUAUGGCAACCACCGCAGUCUAUUCUCUGCAUAAAACAUCCACCCGGGAACACAUACAGAAGAAAGCAAAUGACUGGAAGGUGAAAAUGGAAGUAAUUGCAGAGUUAAGGUAUGAUCUGCCAGCAUCAUACAAGUUCCAUAAAAAGAAAUCGGUGGAUAUUCAAGUGGACUUCAUUCGAUUCUCCCCGACGUGAAACCUAGAUUUGUAUGUUCUGUAUUGAUGUGUUUGUGUCUUAUAAAAUACAUUUUUUAGGAGGGA